ACGUUUUCGUUUCGUUUUCUGCACUGAGCAGUUAACAGUUAGCCUUUAGGUUUUCAUUCCAAUUGUGUAUCUCAUUCUGCAGCCAGCCGCCGCAGCACCUUCUUUUCCAAGUGCGAGGGAUCACUGCUCCAGCAACUUGCAGACUGUAUUUGAUUAUUUUCGCGAUUCCAGCAAACGGCGAACAAUUGUAAGGUAUUUCAUCGUACUAAAAAAAUCGAAAUCGAACCGGACUAUCAAAUGCCCACAAAUACACCCUAAUGAUUUGGGACCAUUAUUCAAUUUACUCGAUAAGAAUCCACCUUAAUGAAAAGAUAGUAGUUGUUCUGAGCCACCGCUGACGAGCCUGGUUUUCUUCCCAGUUUUUUGAACUAAGCUCAGUGCGAAAGAAAAGAUAUCUCUUUCCAAUUCAUUUUGCCCCUCAAGUUAACAAUGAAGGCGUUUGAAGUUGGUGGAACCACCCUUUGUCUUGCCCUUUUCAGCGAUGUUACUAAUUCUAAAGAACUAUUGGACUUAAUGCAGUCUGCAACACUGGAGCCAGAAGUAGCAUUUUUGAAUGCAUCACUUAUCCCAGAUGUAUUUCCUGUUUUAGCAGCUGCACACAAGGCACUUGUAGCUAAAUCACGGGAUUCACUGACUACACGGACCCUCCAUUCUGAGCUUGUUUACAACUUCUCGGGAUCUAAGCAUAUUUCAGAGUCUUUGAAAAGAUGUGGUAUCGCAGACAACACAAGCUACAUCCUGGCAGCACGCUUUGGUGCUUCGGCUGAUGAGAUGGUGGCCAUAGAAAAACUCAUAAAGGGCAAUGAGAUUGACCUGAAGGAAUUAGAACAAAGAAUAAACCAGGCUCAGAUUCAAAAGCAUUACAAGAUAUCUAAUCUGGAGCUGGAGAUAUCGUCACUUGCAGAUGCUAUAACCUGCAGAAUUGCUGCCAGAGACGCUUUAUAAGCAUUGCACGCCUAUUGCACUAUUCAUUUCAUCUUUUUAUGUGUAAACUAUUAUGUCAGGAUCUCGACUAUAACUUUCCCAACCUUGUGUGAGAUACCAUUCCAUAGAAUUAGAAACCUCCCUUCAUGCUGUUGUGAUUGUUUUUACCUUGGUUUGCUUGUGUUUUACGUCUUGACAAAUUUUGCAAAAACUAGUCAUGGCUACUCAGGCCUUCUAAAAGUAAAAUAUGGCAGGUUGACUGGUUUA